UUUUGACACGUGAGAGAGACAAAAAACGCAAAAAUGGAGAGCUUAUAAUUUCUGUGUUAAAGUUUCAUUCAUUUGGCUUUAAAUGCUUCAAGAUUUACUUCCAUGUGAUAAAUAAGGCUCCUGUGUUUCGUAUGACAAUCAAACGCGCAAAUGUAUAUGUAAACACAAGAGCAAAAGAAAAAACAUCCAUGAGGGCGGAGCAAACUUCAUAACGAUCUUGAAGUUGAAGUCCAGAGUUUCUUCAGCCUCAAGAUGGACAACGAAGACUGUUGAUGAAACAGCGCGUUCAACAGAUUGUUGUGGUGGCUGCAUCUACAGGGAAACGCACUUAUUAGUCAUCGGACAAGAAAAAAACAUCAAGGAAAUGACAGAGGAAGUACAGAUGACUGCCAUCAAGAUAAAGAAUUUUCCACAUCAGAGGCAAGAAAAAACGCAAAAGCAAAUUAAAUGAUGUUAAAAUAAUUUGUUUGGGUCCAUUUGAAGUGCUCCGUUUUAUAGAAAGUCAGGUUUAGUGUUUGUGAAAAUGGCAGAGUUCAAAAUUUACAGUUGCUUGCAGUGCGAUGCCAUAUUUACUCGGUCUUGCAAAUUAGAAGCUCACACGAAGAGUCACUUACAAGAAAGCGAUUCCUACGAGUCAAGUGAUUAUGAAGGUCCGUCAAUAGAACUAAGCGCAAAGAGGUACAAGAAUCGGAGAUCCAGGGCUGAGAGAGCUACGCCUUAUGACUUCAGGAGCGGUGACGCCCUUGAGAACGAAGUCGAUGAACCUCCAGUGGAUCGUUACCCUGCCCCUCCUUCCCCAAAGCCUUUGGUCAUCGACUUCUCUCCACACUGGGAUCGGCGAGCCCCCAUUGAUCGGGAUAGGCCUGUGGAGCCAUCCCUACCCAGACUACGCUUCAGGAACUGUAGGAACGAGAAGAAUUUUCUAGCUCGGUGGGAGAGGGAUGCGGAUGCAAACUAUGUGUGCAGUGUCUGCAAGCAGGUGUUUCUUCGUUUGAGUUACCUGAAAAUACAUAUCAGAGUACACACAGGAUUUCGGCCGUAUGUCUGUGACGUCUGCAAGAAAGCUUUUACCCAGUCUUCAGCCCUACAGAGUCACACGAGAAUCCACACGGGCGAAAAGCCUUACCAGUGCAAAAUCUGCAAAAAGCGUUUCAAAGAGUCCUCCAAAGUGACUCGCCAUAUGAGAGUUCACACUGGCGAAAAACCAUACAGGUGCAAGCUCUGUGGGAAAUCUUUCUCUCAGAGCGGUUCGCUUAAAAUCCACUCGAAACAGCACGACCGAUUUAUUAGCAAUGGGGAUAAAGGAAAAAAGAAAAAUUGUACUACCCGUUUAGGACAAUGUACAAGAGAGUUUAGGUUGAGGAAAGACCUGACAGACACAUCACUCCAGUCUGAAGAAGAGGAACCUCAAGUUAGUGCCACGGAGUGUAAAGAUGAUCUCAAGAACAAGAUCGAUCAAAUGCCUGAAACUAUGUCGGAGAAAGAGAAAGAAGACGAAAAUUUGAACAAUCAAGAUUCUGUGAUAUGGUUAGUAGAGAAUAAACCCGAAACCAAAACAGACAAUGGCCUAACUCCUUUUCUUCCUGGACCAUGUGAAGCUGACAAUGCCUUGGACAUAAAACAAUCACCUACUGUUUGUGAAGAAUACACGAAUGUUCCAGCUGAAACACCAAGGCCUGAGUACGAGAUAAACGUCUCCGCUGAAUUAGAAUCGAAGGCCAAUGGAAGCCCCUUGUGUGAUUCAAUAACUGACGAAGGCACAGACGGAGAUCGAGAAGGAAAUGCGACAAGUAAAGGCAUGAAGAAGAUUCUUCUAAAACAUACCGGUAAAGAGGCGUGCAUGCCGAGGAAGAAAUGGAAAAGGAAAAGAUUGACGGCAAGGCCAAAGAAGACAAAAAGAGGCAAAAGAGAGAUUUCUGUUUCAAUCAAUCAAACCUUAGACAAACUAGUCAAGGAAGCGAGUGAAAACUCUGCAAGUAGAGGAAAUCCUGACAAUCCUAAAGUACCUACUCCAAGUACACAACAUAUUGAAAAUGGAGCAAGAUUGACAACUUCGCUGGCAGAAGAUGGAGGACACCAAAAUACACACGAGGAAACUCCCGAAGUUAAAGAAAAAAGCCAAUAUCUCUUCCAACAUGCCGAAAUGCGCAGAAAUGUUCAGAAAUCAGAUGAACACAGUGAAGCAGGGACUGUACAAACUAAAGAAAAAACACAAGAAUGCACUGCUGCACACAUGUACGAAAGAAGUCCACAACUGACAAGUUUGCUAAAUAUAAAAUUGUAUAAGCCCGCGCUAAGCAGGACCUCAAGCACAGCCUUCCCUUCUUUCUCUGAGCAAGUACUUAGUCAUUCUACUCUAACUCCUGAGAACAUUCCUGUGCUCUCCAGUAAAACUGCACCGGCGAGGCAUCAAUCUACAAGCCGGAUUACGGAGCAUAUGAAAUGGGAAUCAGAUAAUGAUCAAUAUCCUCUAGAUUUAUCCAAACACAAAGCUGCCAGGUCGAGUCGACAGCAUAAGCCAGAACCGAGCAAAGUCGGCGACGAAGCACACAGAAAGGGAAAGACGCCUGAGAAAGCUGACGAGAAAUCACAUAACGAAGAGGCGGAGAAAGACAUGCUAACACAAGACACGUUUCAGACUUUCUCGCAAAGGCUCUCGGUCAACACCAGGUCAAAGACACAAGGUUAUAGAAGCUUAAACCGUCGCGUUCAGAGGAAACCAAAGAAGCUUGACGAACAAACGCUGAACGAACCUCAUAGAAAGAGUAAACAAACCGACAAAAUACGCUUGGAGCAUCCAGUUGGAGACGCGGUUAAAAUGUUGCCGCGAAAGCCAAUUGGAAUGGGACAAAACUUUUUCAGGGCAUCCCCGUCCUUGAAAGACCACGCGACUGAAACUAAUCAUGACACUGAACAGACAAAGAACCUUUCUACGAAAAGUGCUCAGCGGAAGAGUUCAAGGCAAACGGAUCAAGGUUUACCGAAAUCAGGGAAGCCAAAGAAAGGUAAUAGGAAGCACCGCGUAAAAAUCUCGGAGAAACCGAACAAACGGACAAAUGAGAGGGUGUGUAAAAAGUCACUUAUAGACGUUAUUUUAUACCAAGUUCCACGUGAAGAAAAGAGCCUUGAAGAAUACCUACACGCAGACAACGAUAUCCAUAACAAGGAAGCGCUAAGUAGAGAAAGUCGAAAAACGACAGAACAUGGAAAAGGUAAAAAGAGCGACAGAUGUGAACAUGAGGGAUCGAAGGUGUAUCCGGAGCAACACCUAAACAGAGAAGCCGCACGGGCCAGUGAGGAGGACAUACCACAAGAUCUCUCCUGGAGGAUGCCAGCGCAAGAGCGGGUUUCGGAAGGAACCUUGUUCUACGCAAGUAAUGACGACAUUAGCUGCGUCGAAGUGGUAGUGCGCACUAGCUCAGACAAUAAAGUUGAAGCUGUUUUUAAAGAAGAGGAUGUCAAAUAUGAAUCGGGUCUCGAACCUCAUGAAAUAUCGACGGCGGAGUUACCUUACAAUACCUAUAACAAUCUUUGUGAGAUCGAGAUCCCGGCGAUGGAAAGCACUGCAAGUACAUCAUACAUGUAUGACGAAAGAGCGUAUUCGACAGUCUACCUCACUCAGGAGGAGCCGAGUCAACGAGAGGACGCCAGUACCCUGUACACUGUCCAGGAAAGCAGCGCCCAUUCGAGUUACAGUGAGCAUUUGAUGGUCGCCAGUCAUAGCAUUGGUAGCGGUGUUCCUUACCCUCAACCGUGCGCCCACUUAGGUUUUAAUGAACAAGUGAUCGCAGCAAAUCACAGCAUUAGCAAUGGUGAUCCUUUUUCCCAUCUGGGCGCCCAUUCGAACUAUUGUGAGCAUAUGAUUUCAGCAAGUCACAAUAUUAGUGGUGGUGUUCCCUACCCUUGCGCCGGCGUUCCUUCCCCUUAUCCGGGCGCCCACACAAGUUAUAGUGAACACUUGAUAUCAGCAAGUCACAACUUGUUUAGCGGUGUUCCUUACCCACAGCUCGAGGAUCAGGUGUAUCAAGAGAGAAUCAACACACCUCCCUCUUACCCUUCCUAUAAUUUCGUUUGCCAUUAUUACGCCGUUUGCCAACCUUACGAUCAUUAUUGAUUAUCGUUCAUCAGUUUGAGUGUGAUCACCUUUCUUCCAUUGUUAACAAGUCUGUCCUUGUGUGUUCUAUACUUACCCUAAGAGUUAUGGGUUAGCAUGAAUGGGGUAUUAUGUUAUUCAGUAAAUACCCUGAAACACUGCAGAAGGAUACAGUUCACGCACAGACACACUCACUCACCCACUCACUCACGCACGUACGCACGCACGCACGCACACGCACACACGCACACACGCACACACACACACACACACACACACACACACACACACACACACACACACACAGAGGAAAGGGACAAACUAAGAUUGGGUGCACUUAAAACUGUUGUUAGAAAAGUGGAUUUUAAAAUGUACAUAGCAGCCAGUAGCCAAUGCAUUCUACUGCAAUUCAUUACGGAAGUCUAAAAGACGUCUUUAUUAGCUUUAUUUAAGAAGAAAGAAAAGACACUCGGUUAUUUUUGUUUCUUUUAUUACUUUUGUGAACAGUGCAGUCGAGUUCAGGUUUGUUAGUUCUUGCGUACUUGUACUUACAUUCAUUAUAAUGCGUGUGUCCUCUUAAGUACGCAUCGGGAAAUAUGUGCAUGCCAUUUGAAUAUAAUUUUCCUUUAGUUGUAUGUAUUUUGUUCUUGUCGUUCUGUUACGUAAUCUCUUACCGUCGAAUUGUUAUUGUUUUUGUUAUUUAAAACAGUACUUGCAUCAGGGAAGGAAAGAAAAAUACUCUCUGGCUGAUUUUUUUGUAAUCUUUCCUUGUUUUGUUUUUAUAUUCUUUAAGGAAUAAUUUGAUGAAAAGAAAAUGGGAAACUGAUAUUUUAAUGUGAUUGUUGCGUUAUUUUAGUCGUGUAAAUCUCAGUAAUUUAUGUUGUAAAUGUAUUAUAAAAUCACCAAGGAGGAACAAAUGCAAAUAUUACGUU